CCUUGGACAGGGACGGCAUGUACAUUCACUAAUGCAACAGUCCGAAAUGGCAUCGUGUACCGCGGAAACCAGAUAAGACGACAGGCGUCCAAAUGCUGGCAAGCAGACGAGAAAGAAAUCUUUCACCAUCGAGUGGUGGCUGAGCGCUGGGGAUGUGGCGUAGACUCUAUAAACGCUGCGUCUCCUGCUCGGUUCCAUUCACUGCGAACGUCCUCGCGUCUGCAGCUCCCUAGCUCUGCCUUCCGUGACGUUCACCGCUUUGCAGGAAGCCAACAUGCGUUUCGCCACUGCCGCAGUGCUCAGCGCGCUCGUGUCCGCUGUGUCAGCACACUUCCAUCUACAGUAUCCUAGCCCUAGAGGACCGUUCAACAUGCAAAACGAGCUGACCUUCUGCGACGCUUAUGGUCAGGUCACGACGAAUCGCACAGUCUUCCCGCUCAGCAAUGGGUACUACUUGCUAACAUCGGAGCAUCCGCUCUGGACACUUGGCGUCAUUAUCUCCACCGUCCCGGACCCCGACAAUUUCGCCAACUUCACGGACUCGCAGGGCAACGACCAGAUGGCCGUCAACUACUUUGAGACGUCCGGCGAGGGCGCGUUCUGUGCGCCGAUCGACAUCGGCGCGGCGAACAUCGCUGGCGUGCAGGACGGCUCGAACGUCACGAUCCAGUUCAUCUUCGACGGUGGUGACGGCGAGCUCUACCAGUGUGCGGACCUCACACUUUCGGCGAACAUGACCUCCAUUCCGUCCGAUGUGUCGUGCACGAACGCGACGUCGAAUGCUGGCGUGACUUACUUUAGCUCCGGCGUGGCCCCGCCGACGAUCACCGCGACGGGGACAAGCUCUAGCGCGACCUCGACCAGCACGUCGAGCGCGGCUGAUGCGAAGUCCGUCGUUGGUGUUUCUGGGAUCCUGUUAAGCGUGCUCGGUGGUAUGCUGGCUUUGGCGUGAUGCCAGUGUGCGUGGCAUCAGGAUAGUAAAAUGGGAUAGAUGUACAGUAAUGACGCUUGCUUUGCGUCCGC